GGGCAGGUAAGGCCUUAAAAUAGUGAAACAAUAACAACGACCUGGAUUCAUUAGUAAGUCUGAGUCACAAGACGGGAAAAACCUUAUCAUAUUACUUUUCAGACAUAUCUAUUUUCCUCAUAUGAAAAGUCAGUCAUAACUUUGCGUGAACUAUCUAAAACUUAUUUUCUAUUCGUGGAAUUUUGACAAUUUGCUGAUUCCAUCUUUACGUUUGCUUGAGCGUCUAAUAUAUGUUUGAAGAAACAAGACCUCAACCAGCAGUCGGAUCGAUUUCCUCAUUGCCAUGUUGCUGUAUAUACGUAACGAUGAAAGAUGUAGAAUUGACAAAAUCGAGCUGAUCGAUGGUUGUUGUCCCCGUAUUAAGUACGAUGUGGCGAAAAUCACGAAUGAACAGGUUCCCUCGACGUCUCCAAAUGACGAGUAUUAUGUAUCAACCAUGAAUAUCGAACCAGCAGUUUGGGGAAUUAUCCUUCUUCUGGACUGUGUUUAUGUGGAUGUGACACAGCAAAAAUUUUCUUGGUCAACUAAAAGUGUGGGAAAAGUGAAAGAUGUAGUUAUAGAUAAGGAUGAUUCUUUCGAUGAAAAAUGUUACAACCACGAUGCAUGUUACGAAUACGACGAUAACAUUGACGAAUUAUUCAAUCUCGCUGAAUACUUGAUUGAAAUCAGUCGCACUAGAUCAAAACGCCACAGAAAAAGUAAAGAAGAACAAUUGUAUUUGGUAAGAAUGUUGUACUGCUGUAUUCUACCCAAAAUACAAAUCAACUGCGACGAUCAAAGCAAAGUAGAAGCUGCCAUAUGUAAUGAAAAGCUGUUCAUUAAGAAACUGAACGAGCAGAUUGAAUAUGAGUCACAAGCAUUACAAGAAUUGCAGGAUGCAUUAUUCCAGCAACAAGAUGAAAGAUUAAAAGAAUUUGAAGAAUUAGCAUUAGAUAAGAAAUGCACCAAGAACUUUGUUUUGACACUUAAAGAAGAUUUGAACAAAAGAAAAAACCAUCUUCGUGAAAAGAUUGAAUUGAAUCAACUAGAUGUCCAGGCCAUCAAGGCAGACAUUGAGAAGAACGGUGAGACAGAUGAGAAAAAACUGACAUUAAGCAAUGCACGCAAAAUGACAGAACAGCUUCGUGAGAAACUACAUAAUAUUCUUGUGGCAACGGAAGAUUCAAUUGAAGAAUCUUUAAUGGAAGAUGGCUUUCAAAGUCAAGACAAUGUUCCCAUUGUGUUGAAAUAUCUGCACUAUAAAGAGAUGACAAAUGGGCAAAAGUUAACAACACAGGGGAAAAUGGAAAAAAAGGUUCAUGCAACCAGUAUACUGGAAAACUUGAAACGGAUCAAGGAAGAAAUUGGAAGCUGGGAUGGAAGAGCAAUUGCUACUCUUCAGAACUCUUCACAAAUCACGGACGUAUUGAGAGACAAGGACAUUCACAUUCCCGAGUACCAAACCCUCAGUGAACGUGUGGUCACGAUCGUAAACAAUCCCGAACAUCCAUUUGGUGCAGAAUUCGCCACGUUCACCAAGUCUGUGCGAAGGAAAUGCCGCGAUAUUGCGAGUAUUACGCCUACGCACAGGCACGUCGAUCAUCGCGAUUAUUUGGUAAUAAAUGGUGACUGCACGAUGGAUGAAUACAUGAAACCGCUAGAGAGGUUAUGUGUGGAAAUCAAGGAACAUUUUGAUCGUAUGAGUAUGUUGUUGCUGGAUCAUUUCAACAGGAACUCCCAAGAUGUGUUGAAGCGUAACAAGCUACAGCUGUACUACGAGAAAAGAUUCUACGACGAAGUUGGAAAAGACAUCGUUCACGUCUACGAAGUAGCUCACGAAACUCGUCAGAAGAAAAUGAUUCGUGAUCUGGAAAGGUUAUCAACGUAUCCCAUCAACUGUCUGCAUCUCGCCAUGAAGGACGAAUGGUGGCACAAGUUGUUCGAAAAGCGACGUCAGGUCAACGUUGCCAAGCAACGCUCGAACCGCAGCAGGCAAUCAUGCUCUGACAAUUCGAGCAGUUCUUCUUCUGGAUCAUGUUCACCACCAGAUAACAAUGAUCAUAUUUCUUUAACGUCAAGUUCCAGGCGAUCAUCUGCCGCAUCAACCAAAGAUCCAGAUGGUACCCGGCGGUCCCCUGCAAGACGUCGUGGAAUAAACUCGCUUAGUAGAUUUUUGAGACGCUUAAGACGACACUCGGAAGAAAUCAUAGAUGGCGAAAAUAAACAGAAUGAAAACACGAAUUCUCACAUACGUUAUGACGAUUACAGCAGUUACAGAAAUCCGGACGACGACAGGAUUGAAGACAAUACUGGAAGACGGAUUGAGGACAAUACCAACUUUACGAAUGGUGUUGACGACAGCAUUAACUAUAACGGCAACGAUUGCCGGGAACUGGUAGGGAACAACGCAAUUCACGACGUCAAUGGCGAGUUCUCGAAAGAGGAUUUUGAACUUUCAACAUUCGAGAAACACUUCGGACCCUCCAUGUACUGCCUGAAGGAACUCUUCCUUGUAUCAUCCGUGUUCGAAAAGCUAAACUGCCUGACGAAAUCCUUGACGAUGGCGACCAAUGCUGUGUAUAACCUUAGACAACAAGUACUGGAGAAAGUUGACGACGAAAAGGAAUUUUCCCUCGCCAUAACAGCCGAUGAUCUAUUACCGCUUAUGGUCCUCAUUAUUCUACAGAUGGAUGCGAGUGACGCUGCUUCUAUCGUCACUCAUUUAGAAAUGAUGCAGGACCUGAGUCCUAGGUUCUUGACACUUGGUUGCCAUGGAUACGCUUUAGUCGAGUUCGAAAUGGCGAGUAAGGUAUUAGAAUCUUUAUGUAGCGAAUUUGAUUGGAGUGACUCGUUUAGUCCACGAAACUAGCUUCCAUCGAGCGCUUCUCUCAUUUUUUUAACAAUUCCAACUAGUCAUUUUUUUGCAGAUACAUAAUUUAUUACCUCAAUUAUCUAAUGCACCAUUCCUAACUGUACCAAUCUAGAAAGAGUAGCGAGAAUGAACACAUAACCAGGAAGAAUAGUAUCCAAACUCGAAAACUAGCGUUGUUCUUAAUCGCCUGUGAAUGAAAUAUUUUUUUUAUCAAAAUGUAUGCUUUAAAAACGCAGUUUAACUUACGGAAAGUUCAACAAA